AUGGUGAUGCUGCAUUAUUUUUCGCAGAUUGAAGAAGAUCUUCAACGUCUAAAGCUCAAAGCAUUAAGCACAAGAAAUGAGACAAAAAUCCUCAAUGCGCUAAAAUUUUCUCAAGUUGACGAUGGGAAAUUUAUUGAGAAUCAUCUUGGGAAGCAUCCAGUUAUAUUUUUACAAUUCGAUUAUAUUAUAUUUACUCUCCAUAUUGUCUUAGUAAGGCAGCUGUGCGCACUCUGGAAAUUUGUACUGAUAUUAUUGAAUGGAAUGCGAAAAUUAUGCAUUAAUUUUGGAGAAAUUCAGCAAAAUUAUAACUUAUCGAGUAUAAAUAAAUUAAUCCUAACCGGAUCAAUUUCAAGAGAAAUAAAUGCAUAUUGAAAAUUUGAAGAGCAGGAAAAACGCGAAAGAGAAGGCUAUCCUGCUUUGGACUUCUUCAUUCUUCGACUUUUAGACCUUGGCUAUCUUACAAUAGAAGCAAAUUGCAUUAAGAAGAGAAAUGAUAAAAUGCUAUUAAAUACAACAUAA